AUGGUUUAAGUAAUUAAAGUUUCGAAAAGUUAUAUCAAUUAUCUUAAUGAAAAUUUACUUUUUUAUGAAUAAUAAAUUGUUAAUAUUCUCAUUUAUGUUGUGGUCGCAGAACUUAGUAUCAUUACAGCUUUAAUGUUUAUGAUUAUUAAGGCUUUAUAAGAUGUAAAUUAAUUAAUCAGAAAAAUCCUAAUUCUAAUAACAAAACUAAGUGAGGAUGAUGUUAAUCAAAUUAAUAAAAUUUAUACAGAAAUUAAAACUAUUUUAAAAGACCCUAAAUAAGUGUAAUGGAAAAAAACUAAUUUUGUUAAAUGCAUAUUUGAAACCAAUUUUAUAAAAAAUAAAUAAGAUUUAAACUUUCUUUAAUCCUCUAAUGCAUCUAGUAAUUCCUAGAACAAUAAGUAGAAAUUUAAAAAGAGAUAUCAAAACAGUUCCUUAACUUCAAGAGUAUAUAAUUUAAGAUUACCAUAAAUUUGGAAUUAUGCAUUCAUAUUUUUAUCUUGGUUAUUUUUAGCAGGUUAUUUAUUAGGUGCAUUAGGAUUAUCCCUCUCAAUGGUACAUUCUAUUAAACCUGCAAUUGCCUUAAAUUUAUAAUUAAUAGAAUUUAAAUUAAAAUUUGAUUCAUUAAUAGUUUAUGGAGAAAUUUUGAAAACAGACUAUUUAGUGAAUUUAAAAUUAAAUCAAUUUUAUGAAUUAUCUUCAAUUAAAUUCAAUUAAGAUGGAGUAUUAACUGAAUUCUUUUCCUUAUAAGAGGGAUUUUAAGAUUAAUUAUAUGAUAUUUAUGAUUAAUUAUCAUCAAGUACAUCACUUUUAGAAGAACAAAAAAAUACUUUAUUAAUUCCAUUUCAAAGUUCCCUUUGUGAAAGUGAUCCAACUCUUGUUCCAGCAUGUACAAUUCCAUUAGAAUCAACUUCUUCAGAUUAUAGUUUAGAUUAUCUUUCUGGAGGAAUAGUUGAUAUGGUACAUGAAUUUUCAAAAACAUUGAAAACUUUCUGGUAGAUAACUGAUUUUGCUAUUACUGAUGAAGAUUAAUUAGAAAAAUUUCUAUCUGGAUAAGUUUAUACAACUGAAUUUGUCCAUCAUUUUCUUUUUUAAGGAAAGAUUAUGGAACAAAUUGCAUAUACGAUGCUAAAUUUAAAUAAAACUACUAUAGACUCUGUUAUCUUUAAAUUCUAAAUAUAUAUGUAUAUUAUGGGAUUGACUUUAAUUAUCAUGUAUAUUUUUUGCUUUUAUAAAUGGAUUUUAAGAUUAGAUAAUGAAAUGUAUUUAACAAAAUUAGCAUUAACUUUAAUUCCUGCAGAUUUCUUGAAUGAGCAAAAGACAAUGAGUGAUUUAAAAAAUAUUUUAAAUGAAUGA